CUGCGUAAUAUUGAAGGUGGUACCCACUUUAGCACGAAGAUUCCGGUCAAAGCCCUAGAAAUCAAAUCCCAAUUGACCGUGUUUUAUUGCCAUCUCUCUUUCUCUAUGCUUCGAUUCUGAAGAUCUCUUCAACCCUAUUCAGAAACAGAUAAUAUAGUCAAUUUUGCUAAAUGGCUGGUCAGAGGGAUAAUUAUGGAAAGCGUUCACAUUCACAGUCUGACUAUCCUGACAAUGGAAGAAAUAAAAGGAGAAAAUCUGGCAACGAUAGAGAUUCCUCGUCUAUCGGGCCAGAAGAUACUGUAUACCGGUACUUGUGCCCCGGAAAGAAGAUUGGAAGUAUUAUAGGGAGGGGAGGGGACAUUGUUAAGCAACUAAGGGUAGACAGUAAGUCAAAUAUUAAGAUUGGUGAGACAGUACCGGGAUGCGAGGAGCGGGUUGUCACUAUCUACAGCUCUAAUGAGGAAACAAAUGUCUUUGAUGACACUGAUGAUCCCAUUUGUCCGGCCGAGGAUGCUCUUUUCAAGGUGCAUGACAGAGUUGUUGCUGAUGACAUGGCCGCUGAUGACUCUGACGAAGCCCCACAAGUUACAGUUCGGCUUCUCGUACUCUCAGAUCAGAUUGGAUGUGUUAUUGGGAAAGGUGGGCAGAUAGUUCAAAGUAUACGCAGUGACACUGGUGCACAGGUUCGCAUUCUGAAGGAUGAUCACUUGCCUCCUUGUGCUUUGAGUUCUGAUGAACUUGUGCAGAUAUCUGGUGAAGCCUCAGUAGUGAGGAGGGCUCUUUAUCAAAUUGCUUGUCGUCUUCAUGACAAUCCAUCUCGAUCCCAGCACAUACUUGCUUCCGCUGUACCGAAUGUGUAUCCUUCCAGCGGUGCACUUCUGGGUCCAAGUGGUGGUCCCCCAAUUAUGGGAUUGGCCCCUCUGAUGGGUCCUUAUGGAGGAUACAAACGUGACAGUGGAGACUGGUCACGCUCGUUCUACUCUGCUCCACGGGAUGAAGCAUCUUCAAGGGAAUUUUCUCUCCGUUUGGUGUGUCCUACUUCAAAUAUUGGAGGUGUAAUUGGUAAGGGUGGUUCCAUAAUCAAUCAAAUCAGACAGGAAUCUGGGGCUGUUAUCAAAGUUGAUAGUUCAGCUGCAGAGGGAGAUGAUUGCAUAAUAUCUAUUUCAGCGAAGGAGGUAUUUGAGGACACAUUCUCUCCAACUAUUGAUGCAGCAUUGCGCUUGCAACCCAGGUGCAGUGAGAGAGUUGAAAGAGAUUCAGGUCUUAUUUCAUUCACAACUUGUUUACUUGUGCCAUCAUCUCGGAUCGGUUCCCUUAUUGGGAAAGGAGGAGCCAUAGUUAAUGAGAUGAGGAGAACUACCAAAGCUAGUAUUCGUAUACUUUCAAAGGAAAGCCUUCCAAGAGUUGCAGAUGAUGAUGAGGAGAUGGUGCAGAUUGCUGGAGAACUUGAUGUUGCUAAGGAUGCUCUAAUGCAAGUAACUACUCGGUUAAGGGCAAACCUUUUUGACAGGGAGGGUGCUGUAUCUUCAUUUGUUCCUGUUCUUCCGUAUCUUCCCAUGUCAUCUGAUAACUCAGAUGUUUUAAAAUAUGAAAUUGGAGAUGGUAAAAGAUAUGGACGUGGGCAUUCUUAUUCUGGUAGAUAUGGUGGUUCAAGUGAUUUGCCUGCUGGUGAUGACUAUGGAGGUUAUGGUGGUUUGCAGAGUGGCAGUAGUGGUAGUGGUGGUUAUGGAGGCUAUGGUGGCUAUUCUUCAGGACGAACUGGAAGUUCUGGGUUAUCUGGGCAGAACCACGUUUCCCGACGUAGAAAUUAUGGUUACUAGAGUUUGAUGAUGAGACCUGCAGCUGAGAUCUUUGAAGCCUGAAGCCAGCCCACUGUCCAUUUUGAUGAAGCCUCCCGCCUAAACCAGAAGACCAGAUGAAACAGGGUUUGGAAAACUCAUGGCCCACCUUGAUGCUUUUAUUUAGGAGGACCAAUAGCUGAAGGUCAUACUAUUGAAACUUGCCAUGUCCUGACACCACAUGCACCAAGCUUCUAUAUCUUUGUGCUUCCAAGAACCUUUGUAGCCAGCAUGCCUUUGUUCAUGUUGUUUCCUUCCUCUACCAGUUGUAUUAGGAUGAUGAGUUUAUUAUGUUUAACAGUUCUCAGAUGCGUGCUUCAAUCUAUUAUGUGGAAUUUAGCACCUUGAAAUCUGUCUGUUAGACUAUAUAGUGGCAGAAGUCGUGUUAUCUAAAUUGCAUGAGUAGCUUCCCUUAUUUUAAUUAUGCGUUUAAUUUGUUCUCUCUA